UUUUUUUUUUUUUGACCCAAAACACCUCUGCUAGCGGCAGGUUGCUUUUGUUGUUUUUUAUUCCUCUGCGAGGCGUUUUUCUCCAGGUAAUAUCACCAAAACGGAGUCGAACGAGGACGACGGACAGCGACCCUCCCUCACUUCUGCAAUCAUGAUGUCGAUGAACAGCAAGCAGCCUUUCAGCAUGCACCCCAUCCUGCACGAGCCCAAAUACACGCCCCUGCACUCCAGCUCCGAGGCCAUCCGCAGGGCCUGCCUGCCCACGCCGUCGCUUCAGGGCAACAUCUUCGCCGGCUUCGAUGAGACGCUUCUGCAGAGAGCCGAGGCUCUCGCCGCCGUGGACAUCGUGGCCCAGAAGAGCCAUCCUUUCAAGCCAGACGCCACGUACCACACCAUGACCACCAUGACCAGCAUGACCUGCACCCCGACCUCCUCCUCCGCGCAUCUACACCACCCGUCAGUGCUCACCUCACACCACCACCCGGCGCACCACCAGCCCGCGCAGGGACUGGAGGGAGACCUGCUUGACCAUCUCACCCCGGGGAUUUCUCUGGGAGGCAUGCCCGGCUCGGACGUCUGCUCCACGGCCUCGCACACGGCUCACGCCGCGGCCCACAUGUCGGCCAUCAACCAUAUGCAGCACCACCACCACACUCAGUCCAUGAACAUGCAUCCGCACGCGCUGGGAUCCCACGGCUCCCUGGGGAGCGCUGGCGGGGACGCGGAGCCCGACCCGCGGGAGCUGGAGUCGUUCGCUGAGCGCUUCAAGCAGAGGCGGAUCAAACUGGGCGUCACUCAGGCUGACGUGGGAGCGGCGCUGGCCAACCUCAAGAUCCCGGGGGUCGGCUGCCUGAGCCAGAGCACCAUCUGCAGGUUCGAAUCCCUGACCCUCUCACACAACAACAUGGUGGCCCUGAAGCCCAUUCUGGAGGCCUGGCUGGAGGAGGCGGAGCGGGCGCAGAGGGAGAAGAUGUCCAAGCCAGAGAUCUUCAACGGCGGCGACAAGAAAAGGAAACGCACGUCCAUCGCCGCGCCGGAGAAGCGCUCCCUUGAGGCGUAUUUCGCCGUGCAGCCGCGGCCGUCGUCGGAGAAGAUCGCCGCGAUCGCCGAGAAACUGGAUCUGAAAAAGAACGUGGUCCGCGUUUGGUUUUGCAAUCAGAGGCAAAAACAGAAACGGAUGAAGUUUUCUGCGACGCACUGAAGCAGACUGCGACAGACCCGAGGGUCUCUGAGCCGGUUUCAACAGAGACAAACCAGAGACAAGCUGCUGAGGCUGGUCUGCUGGAGCCGCACUGUCAGAAUCAACAAGGUACCAGCGGUACCUGCGCCUUUUUCCCGCGGGGAGAAACUCUGCGUGGCGCACAGCCAGGGCCGCAAAGAUGCGCACUCAAAACAAGUCUCAAAAUCUCUUAUUGAGAUUCCCACAUUCAAAUACACAAUAUGUUGUUUUCAAAUGUAAAUUUAGAUCAAUUAAAUUUGCUUGUUUCCCAAGAAAGAUACCAAACAGGUCGAUUGUCAGGGCGGCACUUAAAACAAGUCACAUAUGAUUUUUAUUCUUAAAUAAAAAGGCAACUGAUGUUAGUUUUAAUUAUAGUUUCAGAGAAAUUAAACUGGCAUCUUUCGUGAAGAAAAAAAAUGUAUUUUUUGCUGAAUUUCAUAAUCGAUACAUUGACUUAAUUAUGUUAAAUUAAUUGAUUAAGUUGAUUAAAAUGAACCAAUUAAACUUCUACAGCUUUGCCUUUUGUUAGAUUUAAUUUUAAAACAAUUUAUAAGGAAAAAUAUUACAAGUUUACCUGCUAAGAGACACUUACAUACAAUAUUAAAUGCAUGCCCAUUUUUAAAAUGUGUCAAAAUACAAUUAUUCAUUUCUGUGAUUUUUAAAGUCUAGGUUUUAAUCUCAUGCUAAAAACAAACAGUAAUAUUUGGUUUUCAAUAAACGCAUCUAAUGCCAUUGAAUAAAGACUCAUGUCUACACUUUAAAAAUGAAUUUUGGAGAAUAUCACUAGGUGCCCAAUAUAUAUAUAAUUUAGUGUUUAAUAAUGGUUAAAUUCUCACAUUAGGUACUUUCUUAAAUAAAAAUAUUAAUAUUUUCAAAUAAAUUACAUUACUGUUAUUCUCAUUAGUUAAGAAAAGGCAGACUGAUAUAUUUAUCUGGGUCUUAGUGGGAAUUAAUUUGUUAAAAACUAUAAGAUUUGAGGUUGAGAAAGUUUCAAAGUUUCUCCUACAAUAUCAGUUUUAAGACUCAGCUAGUUUAGCCACAGUGCUAGAGCUAAUGUCAACUUGCUAGCUUGCUUCCAUUCUUAACCAUGAAGAUGUCGUUGCUAAUGAACAUCAUGUCGUCUGUCAGAAGAGGACGUGCAAACCUUUCACCGCUACGUUGAUCCAUAGCUUAGCAAUGGCUGCCUCUGGGCUAGCACGUUCAGAUUAGCAUUGUCGCUAAACUGGUUGACUGAACUUACAACCUUUUCAGUUAAUGAUGUUAUCCAGUCAUGUAUGUUGUUCUCUAACAAAUACACACUGGUAGAUAUGAAUUAUAAAUCUCUAAUGAAGAUUUCAUUAAAUACACAGGGUUUAAUGAAAAUGAAUUAGCCUAUAUGGAGUGAUUUGUUUCAGUGACUAAAUCCCAAGAAACAAUAAUCACUGGUAUGCAAAUGAUUUUUGACGUCAUGAAACUGAGUUGUGACAGUAUAGGAUGUGCUGCAUUGUAGGGACAUGAAGGAAUAUGCUCAGUAACAUCCCCUGUGCCUUUCAUGAUGUCAUAAUAGAUUGUAUAAACUGGUUUCUGAGAAGUGAGAUUUUAUCUUGAUUAAAUAAGAAUUGUCAACAAUAUACCAAAACCAACUUAUAAACUGAAAAAACCCUAUAUUUUAGGCUAUUUUAAAUAAUUUUGCAGAAACGUUUGGCUUGCAGCUUUUAACUUUAAUCUGACUGUUUAAUGGGGUUUUAUCUAUUUAAUUACAUUUUAAAAAAUCUGACUCUUGUUAGAAUUGAAUCAUCAUUUAACAUUUUGCAUUCAAACCAAUAAGUAAGAAAAUACUUAAGUUUAAUACCUUGCAAAAUUCAUAUUUAGAGUGUAGGUUGAACAGCCUCCAUAGUUCACCGCAGGUCCCAGAUUUGUGCGUAUUGGAGCAGAAAUCACGCAGUUUGGUGCGCCGUUCAGCUCAGAUGUGACUCGGGGACACUUGCGGACUUUUCACCGCUCAGCAUGUAUUAACAGGAACGUUUGUGUUCUGCGUCACACCGUGUACCUUGUUUGGUCCUGACAGUGGAACCGCAGACAGAAAAACAGACUCAGUGACUUUCAAAGCUGUUUGCGUCUCCGCAGAAUAAACUGCUGCUCUCUGACUGAAGAGAAAAGGCGACCAAUUGUGGAUGAAAAAGUAAUUAUUGUACAAAAAUAAAAAUACUAACCGCGGGAAAUGAGGAAUAAUAGUUCAUAUUACCCUCUGUGACCCGGAUAGUUCUUUUUAUAUUUAUCAGUGUACAUAUUUGUGAAUAUAUGCACUUCCUUGUGUGGAAACUGUCAUUGAAAUGUAUUGAAUUUUCCUCCCAGAUGUUUUUGUUGGGUUGCUCACCAUAUUGGGGGACAAAUCAGACCAAACUAGUAGAAAAAGAUAAAAUAAGUCAGAAUCUGGCGCGCAGUGUGUGCAAUCAGCGUCAUGGGUUCCUCUGCAGAAACGCAAGAGAGGCCUGGAUGUUUCUGCGCUUUUUGCUCCAAAAGGACCAACACUGCCCCCCCUCGUCUUCCCCCAUGUUCCCUUAUUUCCCCUCAUGUUCCCUUCCUCAUUUCCAAAGUGAAUGCAUUGCAAUAAAACGCAAACACACGCACUCACUCACGUAUAUAAACACGCACGGAUACACACAUUAACACGGCGUAGCUGUGCGUCUACCUCAUUACGCAAGUGAUGGCACAUUUCUGGUGAUUUUGAACACUCUGGUUGGUUCUUGGACGUGCUUUCUGUUUGUUUUCUCUGCCACUGGCUGAAUUAGGCCUGUAGAAGACUCACUGACGUGUAAAACCUGUUCACCGCAAUGAUGCUUCGACAAUCAGAUUAUUAUGAGUCGUGUUGUUGUUCUCCCCGCCCUCAUGAAAACGAAUCAUUUCGACUUCUUCUGAUCACUGACCCGUUUGUGGAGCGCACUUUGUAGAUAUUCUGAUGAAGGGAGGUGUAGUCGGCCUUAUUUAUACAUAUUUUUCAACACUUCUGAGAAGACUUUACUAUUACUUUUAUUUUUUAUGUUGAAUUGUUAUUUAUUUGAAUUUAAUUUAUUCUGGAAAAAAGAAAACAUUUCAUUUGUGAAAGUGUGCUUCAAAUGUGUCUCUGUAAAGCUGCAGAAGCUGAAAUAAACUGUGCACGUUUUACUUCUGAAA